ACCCAAUAAUAUACGCGCUAAUACAUCUAACCAUCAGGGCUGACACUAUAAGCCAACGGACGAUUACUAGCUUUAUAAGAUCGUUCAUAUGCCUCAUACGUUUCUGCGAUGGUCUGACUUUGGCAACCCCGCAGACCGUAUGAUCCAGCGGUAUCGUCAUAAUCUGAUCGAGGAUAUGAAAUAAGUAGUAUUGAUCUCCCUAAGGUAAGUUUCACGACUACUUCUUCCAAGUAUCAGAACCAAGCUGCCUGAUCAACGUCUCAAUUUUAGUAUAUCGAAUCGACUGAAACACAACAAGAUGAAGACUUCUGUCAUUAUCUUUCUCGCCGCCACAAUAGCUAUCACUGCUGGUCGCCCGUGGCCAAGAGAUGAUCCCGAAGGACUGAAGCCCACUAAAGCCUGUGAGAAGCAAGCAAACUUGACAACAGAAACAGGCAUCAAUGAGGCUGCAUUCUCGAGUUCAUUCCACUUCAGUGUCGCUUUCGCCGGCUCUCUGCUAUUGCUCUUUGGUUGGAUGUAUGUCUCCCGAAGCGGCUACGUACUGAGUCGACGCAAGUACUACUCAACGGAUGACCAUAUGUGGUUUUGGAUGGGGCUUAUCAGUAUUCCUUGGACGGUUCUCGUACCUAUCUCUACCCAGAGUUGGGACCGCUGCGAAGGCAAGUAUGAGAUCGAAAGAUCUACUUGGUGGCAAGGACCCCGUUUCUGGGGACGGAUGGCAUUCUGGUUCACCAAACGCCAUGGGUGGGCAGCGUGUAUCUGCUUCGUGCUUGCUGUGGGCCCGACAGCUUGGGCAGCUGGAGGGGCGCUUCACAGUAGGCUGUAUCUUCUCGGGACCCUCACCGUCGGCGGUCUAGCAAUGUUUCUUGUGGUCUUGCUCACUUGCUAUAAAUACACAAACUUCGACACGGAGCUGCCUCAUACUUAUGCAAUGGACGAUAUCACAAAUGAUAACCAUGCAGACCCGCUGGGUCCCGCCAUCGGUUACAGUCUGAAAUGCGAACAAAGACUCCUUUGGGAUCAUCGGUCAUUCCUAGAACCAGUGUACAGGGAUACUGAUUGGGACCUGGGAGGCAAAACCACCAAUGACAUUUCAGACAAAUGCGAGAAACCACUACGAAAUUGUUCAAAGUCCGUACAGGAGUUGAUCACUUCACUUAUUAGUAACAUUCCCGAUGAUGGAUCGAUGAUUCAAGCUCUUGGAGUCUGGCUCUAUGAUUCCGACGAGGCCAAAGCGGCGCACAGCACGCCAACCAUACGCUCAACACCAGAAAGUCGUCUGGCUUUUCUCCCCAACUCGACCACGGAAAAGUACACCCUGAUCGGGAGGGACAUAGCAUUGGCGCUUCUUCUGUGGGACGAAUUAAUCUUUGAUCGUCGCUGGCAGUUGGAAUGCGGUAAAGAGCAUAGCAGCGUAGUGUGCGCUGACUGCAACGAUUUUCGGGAAAAGGCCUGGGGUUGGCGAGAGAGAACAGGUACUUUCGUAAAAGGGGUGACCAAUGUUCGAGGCUCGCAGAGUGGCCUUGAUGGACUAAAAAGAGCGGCAGGCCAGGUAUAUCGCUUGAUUCCUCUCGAGAUGGCUGACAAGAGUGUACCCAAAGACUACGAUAAGACGGCCGCCGCAGCAGUGGACAAUGCGCUGGCCAAGAGCAAAGAUCUCAAAGAGACCGCAGGGUAUCUGUGGGACGUCUGCUGGAAAGUAUGCCCUAGCACAUUCGGCGCCUUAUAUCUAUGGACCACGGCUUGGUAUAUGUACCAUGGGAACGAAACAUUCCACACGACGCCUCUGCUUCCGGAAAAAGACCUCGAACUAUGGCUCGAUUAUAUCCCAUCGUAUUUAACAGCCUGGAGGAUUCGGUGGAGGUUUCUCUGGUACGGCAGCGUAGCGUGCCAACUGGUGAUUUUGCUGCCGACCGCAUUCGCUGGUCUUAUCGGGUUGGUUGGUAUUUAG